AUGGAGGGUAUUCAGACUCACCCCACUACCGCCGCGCAGGCCAAGGCCUUCACUGCUGCUGGCUCGCUGUCCUUCCCUGGCGGCGCACACGAGCUCACUCCUCCCGCCAGCGAUGCUGACAAGCGGCCCGUGAAUGGCCAGCCCAAUGGUGCAACGAACGGUGCUGGGGUGACUCCCGCAACACCUGCCGCGACACCGGCUGCAACUACGCAAGGUGGUAGUGGUCUGACACCUACCCUUCAGAAUAUCGUGGCAACUGUCAACUUGGACUGCCGCCUGGACCUGAAGACCAUUGCCUUGCACGCACGUAACGCGGAGUACAACCCCAAGCGUUUCGCCGCUGUUAUCAUGCGUAUUCGCGAGCCCAAGACCACCGCCCUCAUCUUCGCUUCUGGCAAGAUGGUGGUCACCGGUGCCAAGUCGGAGGAUGACAGCAAGCUUGCCUCGCGCAAGUACGCCCGCAUCAUCCAGAAGCUUGGUUUCAACGCCAAGUUCACCGACUUCAAGAUCCAGAACAUCGUCGGUAGUUGCGAUAUCAAGUUCCCCAUCCGGCUUGAGGGUUUGGCUUCGCGCCACCACAACUUUAGCUCCUACGAGCCUGAGCUGUUCCCUGGUCUCAUCUACCGCAUGAUCAAGCCAAAGGUCGUGCUUCUCAUUUUCGUCUCUGGCAAGAUCGUGCUCACUGGUGCGAAGGUCCGAGAGGAAAUCUACCAAGCCUUCGAGAUGAUGUACCCUGUGCUGCAAGAUUUCCGCAAGGUCUAA